GGGUGCCUUGUGCUCUCAUUUCUGUGCCUUGUAAACAUAGCCUUGGCUAAGCUGAGCCUAUUGCUGAGCAGGAUCUACAGGAAAGCCAUUUCCACGAACGCAGCCAGCGAGAGUUUUGCAUUAUAAUCAGUCUGAUGUACAGUGAGAAUAUGUAACUUGAUCUGCACAGAGCUAAUUUCAGUGCUUGGGGGGACCAGAAGAGCAGUAGUUGCUCAACUGUAGUCCUGUCUCAGGCUCCUUUCCUGCAUCCCAGUGGAGCCAUGAAACCAGCCUGGGGUUCAGUUAUUCUGAGCACUCAAAUCACAUGGUCUCAGAAACAUCUUAAUAAAUUCUGACCAGCAACACAGCCAAACACAGCUUCGCCUCGAAAUACAGCAGCUACCCAGGAUCUCAACACAGCAAGAGAGCAUCUUGUCCCGCUGAGAAGGCAGGAACUCUGGUAGCCAGCAAAAAUGAGUGACAAAAGCCCCUUUGAAACAGAUAUGCUGACGCUCACGCGAUUUGUUAUGGAGAAGGGACGCCGCGUCAAGGGAGCGACCGGGGAGCUGACGCAGCUGCUCAACUCCAUGCUGACUGCCAUAAAGGCCAUUUCUGCUGCUGUCAGAAAGGCAGGCCUUGCCCACAUGUUUGGCAUAGCUGGCACUGUGAAUGUGACAGGUGAUGAGGUGAAGAAGCUGGAUGUAUUAUCCAACUCCCUGGUGAUUAAUAUGCUCCAGUCCUCCUACAGCACCUGCGUCCUGGUCACAGAGGAGAACAAGGAGGCCAUCAUCACCCCGAAAGACAAGCGGGGUAAAUAUGUGGUGUGCUUUGACCCCCUUGAUGGUUCAUCCAAUAUAGACUGCUUGGCACCAAUAGGAACAAUAUUUGCUAUCUACAAAAAGGAAACAGAUGAUGAGCCCUCUGAAAAAGAUGCUUUACAGCCUGGACGCAAAAUUGUUGCUGCAGGCUAUGCCCUGUAUGGCAGUGCUACACUGGUUGCCCUCUCCACAGGGCAAGGAGUGGACUGCUUCAUGCUUGAUCCGGGUCUUGGUGAAUUUAUUUUGGUUGACAGAGAUGUUAAAAUCAAGAAGAAGGGGAAGGUAUACAGUCUCAAUGAAGGUUAUGCUAAGUAUUUUGAUCCUGCAAUGACAGAAUAUUUGCAAAAGAAGAAAUUCCCUGAGGAUGGCAGUUCUCCAUAUGGUGCUAGGUACGUGGGCUCCAUGGUAGCUGAUGUUCACCGCACCUUGAUGUACGGUGGGAUCUUCAUGUAUCCUGCUAAUCAGAAGAGUCCCAAAGGAAAGCUCCGACUUCUCUAUGAAUGCAACCCUAUUGCUUUCAUCAUUGAGCAGGCAGGUGGGAUUGCAACUACAGGGACCGAAGCAGUGUUGGAUGUGAAACCUGAGAAUAUUCACCAGAGAGUUCCUUUCAUAGUUGGCUCUCCAGAUGAUGUGCAAGAAUACCUUGUUUGUGUACAGAAACACCAGAAGAGCAGCUAAAGACUUUCCAAAUCAGAUAUUGCUUAUCCAUUUUCAGUCUUCAAGAAAAGCUUUACUUUUAAAGUGGUGGCUUCUAGCAUUUACCACCAAUCUCUCAGUGAAAGUUUCCGUUUACAAGAACAGGAAAAAUAGUGAGAUUUCAUUUCUCCUUGCAGGCAAGUGUAAAAAUCCUUUAAUUCUGAUUUAUGCAGGGCAAGUGCAUAAGAGACAGAGCCAUGACACACAGAAACUACUUGCUUUAUAUAAUAUUAACAAAAGGAAGUGAAUUAUGUCAGUAUCCCCAUUUGAUCUGAAGCUUUACAUCUGACAUUACAUAGAUGGCAUUGUUCAUGACAGGAUUUCCACAUUAAUAUUUGCAAUGCCAUUAUUUGGAUUUUCUGUCAGAGGCUUUCUUGCAGAUGCUUUUUAUCUUGACAGUCCGAAGAAGAAUAAAAGUCUCAUGAUGUCUGAAACAGUGUUUUUAAGCUGUGAAUUAUAUAUAUUUUGGGUAAUUAAUAGAGAUGGCUGCAGCAUUGCCAGAGUAUUUAAUUUCUCAUAAGAACAGGAAAUAUCAUGUGUUAUUUACACAUAUCUUUCA